AUGGUAGAGGUGCCUGAUGAGGCCAAUCACGCUUGCAAGGCGUGUGGCUAUAGGUACCCGCUGAGUGCGGGGAGGGUGCACGGACGACACUUUCUGUGCCAGGGGUGUCAUAACGUGCAAAAUACCAUCAGGCGAAAUUUGGGUGACACAGAGGAUGUGCAGAAUUUUUCUGCAGAAGAUUCUGUGGCCUUUUUCCGGUCUUUGCGGGACGCGCAGAAGACCGAUGGUGGCAGCCUGACUUGGAAGACCAUUCGCGCUGGGAUGCUUUCCCGUUUGACGGAAGAGCAUAUAUCCAAGUUCAGCGCCACGGUCUCGUUGCAGGAGCUCCCACUGUCCGUGUACACGGUGCAAGGAUGGCCGGAGGAGGUCAUUAAGAAGUUUCCGUGUGAGUACAGUGCGGAGUACGGAUGCGACAUCUACAAGGUACCAGUCCGCACCUUAUCCUGGGAGGAAGCGUAUCAAAAAGUCGAAGCCCGCAUCUUAGAGAAGGAGCGUUUGGCCAGCCAGAAGAAACGCAAGACCGAAGAAGGCCUCGAUGUGCCUGCGGCGCCGGAAGGCGAUGACAAGGGUGCAAAGUCUGAAGCGAAGGCUGCGAGACAGGAGGCAGCGGCGACGAAGAAGACUUUGCAGAAGAAUGAUCGUGUGGCAAGCGCGGCAGCGAAGGCAUUGGGGCCCUUGACCUCCUUGGAGACGUCCUUGCAGAAAUGCAUCAGCAAGGGGGAGGAAGCAGCAGAGAAGGAUGCGGCUGCCUUGGCGAUGUGCAAGGAACAGUUCGCGAAGGCAAACAGCUGGCGUGAGGCUGCUCGCGAGGCAGUGAACCGUCAGCAGGUGCUCCGUGGAAAGGAGGACCAGCAGGAGAAAGCCGAGGCAUUGGCCCCGCUGCCAUUCGAUGGCGAGGAGAUCAAGUGUUUUUUGAAGCAAAGCAAUGAAGCGCAAAAGGCCUUGAAGCAAAGCUUUCCAAAGAAAGCGGCCAAGGCGAAGGCGGAGCCGAAGAAGCGAGCCGCUGCGGCAGCUGGUGAAGGGAUUGGGUCGAAAGGGCGCCGUGAGAUGAAACGGAGAAAGCUUGAUCCGUUGGAUACUCCCAAGGAUCAGUUCACGGCCUUGCGUCAAAUACCCUCUUUGACGCAAUCUGAAUGUCGUCAGGUCGUCGCCUUGCUGCAUGACAAUGAGGAAGGCGGGAGCACGUGCAAGCGAUUAGAGCAUGCGCAUCCCUUGGCUCUUCCUUGCCUGCGGCAGAUCAUGGUGGCCAGAGAUGGGCCGCCAUUGCCAAUUCAUUGCAUGUCUUUAGAAGCGCUCAUUCAGGCAAAAACAGAGGUGUGUCCUCUGUUCGCGGCGUGCAUGCAGCGCAUGUACGACAAGUCUGGCGCUCAGCAACCCUUGAUCAUCUAUGCGGAUGAUACGCAUGGAGGCAAUGUGCUGGCGGCUCCUGCGAGCCGUAAAAGCACAUUGGUGUAUGCUGCGUUCUUGAACUUCGAGUUCCUGCAUUUGGAAUCUCUGUGGAUGACAUUGAGCGUCAUCAAAGCUGCUGACAAUGAGACGUGCAGAGGAGGUUUUGCCUCCGUCUUGACGUCUUUGUUGUCGCAUUACAAGGAAGAGACGCAGCACGGUUUGCCAGUGAGGAUCGGUGCAGCGUUUGAGCUGCUGCUGAUCCCGCACAUUGUACUGUUAUCAGAUCACGAGGGGAUCCGAUCUGCGUUGGGGUGCAAAGGGGCCUCGGGCUUCAAACCUUGCAUUAAAUGUAGCAAUGUCUUGAUGUUACAGCGCGCAGAGGGUGUUCCGUCGCAUGUCGACGUAAGCUGCUCGGAUCCGGGCAAGUUUGUGCGGCAAACUCAAAGAGAUGUGGAUGAGAUAUUCGACAUCUUACAGAGACAACCGACCCGGAAAAAACGGGAAGAGACGGAGGUGCUUUUAGGCUUCAAACUUUCGUCCCUUGCAGCAUCUCCGUUGACACAGCGGAACUUGCGGGGAUUCUUUAGUCUAGAACAUGUCCAAUUUGACUCUAUGCACCACUUGUUUUCAAAUGGGCUCGUGGCUCAAGAGUUGGGCCUGUGGUUCUCCCGUGCCCACCAAAUAGCGGGAGUCACCGUGGAACACAUGUCUUCGUACAUGCGCAUCGCAUGGGCGCCACUGAAAGGAGGUCAAAUUGAUCCGCCGCGCGCGGAUUUGCAUUUUACCCCCAAGUUGUGGCGUCUCGACCAGGAUUUUCGAGGUGACGCGCAAGCCUGCUUGGAGGUUCUGCCGCUUUGCAUCGCCUAUGGUGAAGACAUGUUGCGCGGCAGGUAUCCAGACAUUGAGUCAGCGCUGGAUUCCCUGCGAGGUUUGCAUGCAGUGGUGCUUUGCAUAAAAGCAUGCAAAGACAGCUUGACGGCUGCGAGCCGAUUGGUGUUUCUCCAGCGGGAACACAUGCAUCGAUUCGUGGAUGCAUAUUCGACUGGCGCGUGUCGCCCGAAGCUACACUAUUCUUUGCAUCUCGCAGAGCAGAUGCAAGAACGUGGUCGGCCAUUCGACGCAUUUGUCUGUGAGCGUAAGCACAGACACUUCAAAUCCAUUUGCAAUGGAAAGCUAAAUCAACCUGGCAAAGCCAAUUUCGCUCGCUCCGCUUUGCUAGAGUUGGUGUCGAUGGAACUAGCAACGCCUCAAAGUGUCAGUAAGUUGGGAACGCAGUUGCAAGGCUCUGCGUCGAGCAGCUGCGCGCUGUCCAAGUUGAUGGGAUCCUGCAAGCCGGUGCAAGUGGCUUCUGCAUUGGAACAUCGUGGGAUCCGCUAUGGCAAAGGACAAUUUUUCUUGCUGCCAAAACGCAAGGCCAUGGAGGUUCUGAGCGCAGUUCAGGCUGGAGAUACCUUUUUCCUCCUGGUGAACAUGCUUCAACCCGUUGGUGACCAAAACCAUCCUGGCCGAACGCAGUGGAUGCGGACAGGGUCAGGACAAGGCAGUCAAGCGCUGCUCCCCGUCACUGACGCAACUAAUUCGAAUUGCUCCCAAUGCAUGUAUGUUCGCCACGACAACACUACGUUGUGGCUCUUGCAAUAA